AUGCAUACCCCGGGAUCCUCGUCGGCAGGAUAUGUACUACUGCUGAUAGUGCAAUUGGUGUUCAUAAUUGUGUUUGGAUUUUUUACUGAUUAUUCCGAGUCAAUAUUGCCGAAAAAUGUGACAAACAUAGCCUCGGAAGCUGCCGUAGAGGAAAAACCGUUACCGAAAUACCCACAUUUCCAGGACAUCCACGUGAUGAUCUUCAUCGGUUUCGCCUUUCUGAUGACCUUCCUCAAGCGCUACGGAUUCAGCGCAUCCGGUCUCAACCUGCUGGUCGGAGCCCUAGUGAUCCAGUGGGCCAUCAUAAUGCGCGGCUGUUACGAAAUGGAACACGGCAAGAUACCGCUGUCAUUGGAUAACCUGAUCGGGGCCGAUAUUGCUGCGGCAGCCGUCCUGAUUAGUAUGGGAGCACUGCUUGGCCGUACCACUCCGCUGCAGUUGUUGAUCUUGGGUAUCAUAGAAAUUGCAGUGUUCGCGGCCAACGAGUACCUUCAGUUGGAACUGAUGAAAGUCACCGACGUGGGCGGUUCUAUUACUGUGCAUGCUUUUGGAGCAUACUUCGGACUGGCUGUGAGCUUCGUUAUGAGACCGAAGAAAGAGGAUGCCAAGGCCGGACCAAUGGAGUGUUCCUCGUACAGUUCGGAUAUUACGGCAAUGAUCGGGACCAUUUUUCUGUGGAUUUUCUGGCCAAGUUUUAACUCGGCUUUGGUAGAUGGUGCCCAACAGGAACGAGCCAUUAUCAAUACCUAUCUGUCGCUGGCUGCCUGCACCGUAACGGCGUUCGUAGUUUCGGGAUUGGUUUCACAUGAGAAAAAGUUCGAUAUGGUACACGUGCAGAAUUCAACACUGGCUGGAGGAGUGGCAGUGGGUUCGAUUUGUAAUUUGAUUAUUCAUCCCUUUGGAGCACUGUUGGUGGGUUUCAUAGCCGGAGUAAUCUCAGUUUUAGGAUACAGAUUUUUAACUCCAUCGAUACUUUCGAAUCUUCGGAUAGCAGAUACGUGUGGGGUAAAUAAUCUCCACGGUAUGCCGGCACUACUUUCGGCAGUGUUCUCCGCCAUAUAUGCUUCACUAGCAACAUCUGAAACAUACGGAAGCUCUCUCAUAGAAAUUUUCCCUGCAAUGGAAGCAGUCACUCCUGCGAUGAACUCCACUGUCACCGGGGAAUCAAGCAAAGAAAUGCAUGAAUUUAUCAUUGGGGGUUACGGCCGAAGUGCAGCAAAACAAGGUGCAUACCAGCUAUCGGCUAUUUUAUUGACAGUGUUGAUUGCCAUUGUUGGUGGAUUAUUCACAGGCCUAGUUCUAAAGUCGCCGACGGUUCGUCAAUUGGAAAAAGAUGAGUUGCAUAAGGACGAUGCAUACUGGGAAACACCCACGGAAUCAAUUGCAAGCUCCACCUGA